UACCGCGUCUUCUCUUUUGGGUACCCACCACUUCCCUCCACCAAUUUAGAAGAAGAUUCAGAGGAAGAAGACGACGUGUAUAUAUACAUAUAUACGUGCAGAUGAUAUACGAAUCAUCAUGGGGAAGAACAAGAUCGACAUCAAGAAAAUAACCAACAAGAACUACCUCAAGGCCACAUUCUCAAAGCGGCGCAAGGGUUUGUUCCGAAAGGCCACUGAUCUUUGCUGCUUGACUGGCGCCACCCUUGCGGUUAUUGCCUUUUCGCCCGGUAACAAUCCUUUCCUCUUCGGCCACCCCUCCGCGGAAUCUGUCAUUGAUCGAUUUCUUGGUGAACAAGCGAGGUGUGCAUCCGAUGAUGGCGGAGAGGAGGUUCUUGGGUCAGCUAGUGCCGGCAAUGAGCACCAAGAUUUGGAAUCGAGUCGAGAGGAAGUGAAAGAAGGUUCCGAUGUAAUGGACGAGGAGAAGGGGAGUUUGUGGUGGGAGAAGCCGAUUGAAGAAGGAUUGGAACUGCCGGAGCUUAAAAAGUACAAGUCUUUGUUAGAACGUUUGAGGGAGAAUGCGGCUAUCAAGUUGGAUGAGAUGAAUAGGAGAGAACUUUGUACCAAGGAUUAUUUGGGUUUGAAUUUCGAGAUUGGUUCGAGCUCUUCUACUCCUGCCGACGAAAGAGAUGUAUGAGAUUAAUGGUUCUGUUGGCAAUUUUGGGUUUAGUUUUAGGGGCGGUGAUGGUGGCGGUGCCUCCUUUCCCCGGAGGACUCAUGGGUCGAGAGAGCGGUGGGCAACCGCCGGCCUCCCUGGAGUGGAGCGUCAUUCUCUAAUCGGAGUGUGAUUUUGUUUGUUUGUUUUAGUUAUGGAUAAGUAGGGAAUUUGUAGCUCUUCAGCAAGAUUUUGUUUUAAUGCAUUUGUGACUUUUUCUUGAA